GACAUGAGUGAUAGCAAUAGCAAUGACUUGAAGUGUCCAAAGCUCUCUUCUUAUCUACUUCUCAGCCAUCCAACUUAAAACCACACAGACAAACUUCUCCUUGGUCCAACUCAAACUCUCAUAACAUUCUCAUGACCUUCUUCUUCACCACCCAUUAAUUGUUUCUCAAGCAAAUGGCUGCAGCCACCUGCCUGCAACAUGUGGGCUCACCAACCAGGGCCAAUCUCCAUCAGCAAAACUCAACAAGCUAUAGCGUGCUAACAAAAAUGGCAGGAAACAGAAACCUGAAGCUGCUCGGACUGAAAAUGGGAAAAUCCAGCAACAAACGAAGGAAUGUUGCGGUAGUUAGGUGUAGUGGGAUCGGGAUUGAAGAUUUCAUAGGUGGAGAUUUGGUGAAAUUUGAUUUAGGACAGUGGCUGUCGGAUGUGGAAGAGCAUAAAGCCAUAGCCAUCUAUACUCCUCAUGAAGGCGGGUACGAAGGUCGGUACCAGAUUCAGCUGAAGUACCAAGGGUACUACUUCCUUGACCUUUCUGCUCGCGGCCUUGGUGAUCCUGAGACAACUCUUACCAAGAUUCAUCCUGUUUGCCCUGCACAUAUAGGGAAACAGCCAUUAGUAAGGUGGUAUUAUCCACCAGAAGUAGAUUACAGGCUUGCUGCUUUGCCUCCGGAUGCCAAAGGACUUGUUGUCUGGGUCAUUGAAGCCAAGGUCCUAUCUAAAGCUGAAUUACAAUUUCUUGCAUUGCUUCCCUCACUUCGGCCAAAUGUUCGUGUCAUUGCUGAAUGCGGAAACUGGAGAAAGGUCGUCUGGAAACCGCUCAGGGAAAUCGCAGGACUUACUGCAGAGACAUAGCUAGCAUAAUCUUUUGCUGGUGGACUAAUCUUUCCCAGUACCUCAAGACCUUCACUGCAAUUUUUGAAGAAGAAAAAGAUGAGAUGAAGAUAAAAAACAACGAAUUAUCAAUCAGACAAGUCCGAAAAGUAUACUUCACCAAUUGUUAAUGUACAACUACUACAUUCUGUAAAGAUUAAUUAAUUUUACUGAUUACAUUACAUGGAACAUCUAUUCUGUCUAAGCAGCUGUAGCAUUAGCAAUUCAA